AUGAUUUUCCACAAACUCUGUUUCCUCGCAUACUUUGUUUCCGUGGCGACAGCUACCAUCAAAUGCUCCGGACGACAUUCCUGCUAUGCCGAAUCGCCAGAAUGCGAUCCCAACACUGAUUGUCAAACCGUUCUCCGUUUCGAUCCAUCUGGAAAUGUGAACAUUUUCGUGCGCAAUAUGUCAGUCACCGACUACGUCUCCAUUGUCACCGAUCGAGACCUUCUCAACACAAUGGAGUUCUUCGUUUGUGUUCCGUUUGCUGGACAACGUCUUCGUGGAUUGGGACGAUUCGGACAGACUAUUCUGAUCAAUCAACAGAAUCUCACCAACGUUGUGGAACAAUUUGAAACCAAUUCUUUCCGAUGCGUGAUCAAUCAAGACGAACUCAAACCCGAGUUUUGGUUGAACAAAAAUUUCAUUGUUUCUCGAGGACGAUUCCAACAGUUUCUGAGAGUGAAUGAAGGUUGCAAGUUGUACAAAUUGGAGCACGAAGAAGACUUGGAGAGCGAACAGUUUUUCCCAACGGCUUAUAGAACACCGAAAGCAUUGAAGAAAACCGAAAUUGCGUCAACAAAGUUCGAAGAUGUCAUUGAAAUUUCUAAAAUGCUGCAGAAUGUGAAACAAAUGUUUGUGAAUGCUGUGAAGCAGGAGAAAAUGGACAAAGAGCAUCUUCAUAAGAAAUCCGGCUCGAAUGGUCACAAGCGUUAUUAUCCAAAGAGCGACUCUUAUGAAUCUGACAAGGAUACAAAGCAGAAUAAAGCAAAACUUAUCAGAGAAAGUGAUGAUAGUCGUCAGGACAAGUCUCGCGAUGUCAUUGUUUCAAAAGCAAGAAGCCAUAAAAAAUCUCACGAAACAAAAUCUCACAAGAACCAAACGAUUUCUAACAAAUCUGAAGAGGUUAUGAGCUCAAAAAUGAAGCCAGUUGCUAAUGAUGCCGAUUUGGAUACAAAAGUUUACGUUCGAAUGACUAAAAAGCAAAUGUACACGUUCAUUGAUGGGUUGGAAGAAGGAAAAUCUGCUGGAAACGAAACGGAUCUCUUGAAAUCCAAUGCAUCUACCUUAAACUCUGAAGUCGAGGAGCCAAGAAACAGUGCCACGGACGAUGAAAUCGUUUUUGUGUUGAUGACCAAACGUCAGAUGCAUACCAUGAUUGGCACGAAAGCCGAGCAUCAAGUCUCUGGUACCAAAAUGUAA